GAGGGCGUGACGUCAUCAAGGGGGCACCAGCGAGUUUUGCCAAAGAAAAGCUUGUAGCUCCACACUAGAAGAGGGACACCGGGAGCCGAGCAAAUGCAGUGUCUCUCAAAGGAAAGCUCUCUUCGCGGUUCCUCCCGGUGACUCUAUAGCCGGUAAGAUCUACUAUUAUUCUCCGAUAACACAGACGGAAAAUUCCUUACGGCAGCAGCAAAGUGAGACUAAAACCUCCAUUCACCGGACUGCACCGCUGCCAAGAUUCAAUAACAAACUCUGAACAACGAAAACACGACUUUCCCGACGGAAAACUAUGUUCAUUUGUCUUCUUUCCAACACAAAUAGUGCAGCCCGUGGAGCAGCUGACAAAGGCGGGCGACGGGAGCACAUGAGAAGCAUGACACAUAUCUGCCAGAGGAGCAUGGAGGGUUCAGGACAGCCUGGAGCCGGAGACGCCUCUCACAGGCAAUGCCAGAUUUCUCCUCUCUAAGAAAUGGCCUGGCACAACACAUCCCCGUUCCGAUAUGGCUUUGACCUGGGGGCACAGUACCAGGAUCUGCGUCCUCUGGGCACAGGAGCAUCCGGUCUUGUGCUUUCUGCACUGGACAGGCGCAGCGGCCUUCGUGUGGCAGUGAAAAAGCUGGUAAUGCGAGAUGCCGUCAGCGUAAAACACGCUCUGAGGGAAGUGAAGAUCACCCGCCGACUUCAGCAUGAGAACGUGGUGCGGGUGUAUGACGUGUUGGGCUCGUCUGGUCACCCUUUGCCACGGGACUUGACUCACGUGGCGGCAAUAUACAUAGUGCAAGAGUGUAUGGAGACUGACUUGGCACGACUACUUGAGCAAGGGCCUUUACCAACAGAACAUGCCACCCUGCUCUUUUAUCAGCUGCUUCGUGGGCUCAAGUUUAUCCACUCGGCCAACGUGCUGCACCGUGACCUGAAGCCAGCGAACAUCUUCAUCAACACAGAGCAAAUGCUGCUGAAGAUCGGAGACUUCGGCCUGGCACGCAUUGUUGACCCACAUUACUCGCACAAGGGUUACCUGUCUGAGGGGAUGGUCACUAAAUGGUACCGUUCGCCCAGACUGCUGCUGUCUCCAAAUAACUACACGAAAGCGAUAGACAUGUGGGCCGCAGGAUGUAUUCUGGCUGAGAUGCUCACUGGACGAAUGCUUUUCGCAGGUGCUCAUGAACUGGAACAGAUGCAGCUGAUUCUGGACACGGUGCCCGUCAUCAGAGAGGAGGACAGACAGGAACUGCUGAGGGUCAUGCCGUCUCUCGUGGGUCACGGCUGGCAGAUCAGGAGAUCCUUCAGAGAUCUAAUGCCAGAAGUGGAGGACAAGGCCAUUGAUUUCCUGGAGAGUAUCCUGACCUUUAACCCCAUGGAUCGUCUGACGGCAGAAGCGGCUCUGUGUCAGGCGUUCCUGCAGAGAUACUCGUGUCCUCAGGAUGAGCCAGUGUCUCUGCAGCCCUUCCGCAUCGAGGAUGAGCUGGAGGACAGUCUGGUGACGGAGAGCACUCACACUCACGCGCUCAGCUCUCACUGGGACAGGUAUGACAGUAGUCUUUCCUCAGACGUUUACUGGCCAACCCAGGAUCAGUGUGGCUGCAUGCAGAGCGUCUCAGAACUCGGAGAAGCUGAAGAUGAAGAAGUUCAAAGGGACCCACGAGCCAGUUCAACAUCCCACAUCGAGGAGGCGCAGGUAGACCCUCGCAAAUACUCCCACAGCAGCUCCGCGGAGCGAUUUCUGGAGCAGUCUCACCCAUCCCUGGAGCGCAUCUGCGGACACUUCAGCGAGCUGGACUGCGGACGCUCCUGCGACUACAAAGUGGGCUCUCCGUCCUACCUGGACAAGAUCGCAUGGAGAGAAGGAAAGCCGCAGCAUUACUCCGAACCCAAACUCAUCCUAGACCUUUCCAAUUGGAGAAACAACAGCAUGGCUGCUCCAAGACAAAACAGCGCAGAGAAGCUCCUGACCGAACCUGGAGAUCUCUUCCAGGAGAUUUCACGUUGGGUGGAGAGCACGCAGUCUGGGCUCCAUUCACCUGGUUCUCCUCAAGAGCCUCCAUCUUCUCCAUGUUCACCUCCUUUACCGCUUUCUCCAACAUUGAUGCCUCAGUCUCAGAUUCAGAUCCCGGCGCCGUUGACGUUGCCCAGUCCCCUGUCCAGAAGGAGCCCGACGCCGUUCUUCUCUGCUCCUCCAUCUCUGCUGCCUUCAUCUCCUUCAUCUCCUCAUCACGGUUCUUCCAAUUACCCGUCUUCCUCCAUUGGUUGCGAAAACGACGACGAGCCUUCACAGAUGCAUCCAUGUGGAGAAGAACAUUUCGACCUGGAUGUGUUCAUCUCUCAGGCUCUGCAGCUUUGUAGUCAGAGUGAGAUCAUGGAGAACUCUGAUGACCUCAAAUCGGACAACAUUAGUGAUGUUUGCAACAUGUCGGAUGACCACAGACCUUCCAGAACACAAACUCCAACCCCUGAGAUGGUGAAGGCUCAUGGGUGUCAUAAAGAACACUGGUAGGAGACGUAGCAUGAAUGAAUGUGAACAGCUUUUUGAGAUUGUAGUUUUAUUAUCUGAAGGCGAGAUUCUGUAUUCAUUGAGAAAUCAAUGUAUUUGGCUUUAGGAUGAGGAUCAUCGUUCUGGAAAAAAAAAAGAUUUGAGAUCUUGCAUGAGUUGAAUUGAGUCUCGAGGGCACAUAUUUAUGGGAGAUUUUUGUUACCCUAUAAAGCCUUCUGUUCUGUCUAUCUCUCUCAAAACUGCACUGUUCUGAGAUUUGUUUUUCUGAUUAAUUUUUUUCCCCGUUCUGUGCACUAAAUAAUAUGUGUCUAUAUUUGACCUAAAGUUGGGUUACAACAAGCCAGAAUGUUUCAAAGUGUAUAACCGACUACGUUUACAUGGACAUCAGUAAUCAAAUUAUUUGUCUUAAUCUGAAUAGGACAAUAAUAUGAUGAGCAUCAGUUGCUUUUUAAAUGUUCCUUUCGUGAUCCCGUUUUACAAAUUAUAGCACAUAAUUCGAUUAACGUCAUUGCGUCACCACACUAUCCACAUUUCCUCCAGAGUUUCAUGUAAUUUCGGGUGUUUCAUUUUUAAUUUAUCGACUUUAACUGCAGUUUGGCACUUUCACUUUCAUUCAGGAACAUUUCAUGCAUGCCCCCCAUGACAAACGAGAUAUUGGAUGCGAGUAUGAGUACUCACUGAGUAUGUUUAUAUGGACACCAAUAAUACGAAUUUAAUAUGUCUAAGACAAUACUCUGAUCAAGAGUCUACCAUGUAAACAGCGAUUUCGCAUAAGGCGUGUGGUAUCAAAUUCUAUUAAAAAAACUCUUCCAGCAGUUCAUACUCACAUCCAAUACCUCGUUUGUCAUUAGGGCAUCUAUGAAAAGUUCCUGAAUGAAAGUGAAAGUGCCAA